AUGUUUCAACACUCAUUUUCGGCCUCUGUAUCCAGAAUUGCCACGUUUGAAGAAGACUCAAUUCAACCAUGUGAUGAGCAGCCAGAAACAUCAAAUAUCUCAUUGAACCCGCUGAGUAUGGUUUUCAACUACAAAGGAUCACCAGUCACAAUUGAUUUGCUGGAAUGCUUUGCCUGUUCUUCAGAAGCAGAAAACUGUGUAGACAUUUCCCAUGCAAAUAACAUUUUCCGAGUUAUCGUCUCAGCUCAUGCACAUUUAUUUCUGAUCCAAGCGCUGAAUGUAUCAUCUCUUCUAUUGGCUAGGACUACAUCUCAUUUGGUAGCAGUGAAUUAUUUGGCACGACAGAAUGAGAAGAUUCAACAAAAAUUGAUUGCUCUUCUGGAGUCAUCAGAAUCAAGUGAUACUGCUUCUAAGGAAGACAUUCGACAGAUGCUUCUUCUGAAGAAUGUUGUCGUUACGCAAAGAUUGAAUUCGUUGCAACAGAGACCAUUACCUGGAAUAGAGGUGAAGAAGAAGAAGAAGAAGCAUGGAGGAGUAGAAGGAGGGCGUCAAGUGCAAAAUACGACGAAUGAAAAUGAAUAG